UCUAUAUCUGCCGGCAUGGUCUACAUCGGCCUGUGCUUCGGGGUGCAGACGAGCCUGAGCUCCCUGCAGAACGUCUUCGUGACCUUCAAGUCCUUCGACCUGAUCCCCCGCCAGUGCGCGGCGCUGCUGGACAGGGGGGCCAAGUACACCUCGCACGCCAGGACCUUGCAGCUGCUGGCGGAGAGGGACCACGAGAGCAACGACCACAUCUUGACGAGGGAGGCCGCGCCGCCCGCCGCCUCCGGGGGAGCCGUGGCCUGGGCGGCGCGCCCGCGGCCCCUGCGGGAGCCGUCGCUGGACCUGCGCGGCGUGCACCUGUGGGUGCCGGGGAAGAUCCAGCAGCUGGUGCUGUCCGACUUCAGCGUGCAGCUGCAGCCUGGGGAGUCCAUGCUGCUGGUCGGCGAGACUGGCGUGGGGAAGAGCCUGCUGCUCCGGGCGAUCAACGGGCUGUGGUCCCACGGCUGCGGCACCGUCGUGCGGUGCGACCGGCGGUCCGUGGCGUGCGUUCCGCAGAGGCCUUUCGUUUUCAUGGGCACUCUGCGCGACAACCUCGUGUACCCUGACCUCGAGGGGAGCUCGGACAUCGAGACGGACCGGAUUCUCGAGGUUCUCGAGACCGUCGGCCUGAGGCACUUUGUGGAGUCCGUCGGCCUGGACAGCGAGGGCCAGUGGCAGGCGGUGCUCUCCCUCGGCCAGCAGCAGCGCCUGGGCGCCGCGCGGGAGCUUCUGCGCCGGGGAGUGCGCCUCGCACUGCUCGACGAGGCGACCUCGGCGCUCGACCUGGGCAACGAGAGGA